AUGAAGCACUCAACAGAACAUGUACCGUCAACCACAAAAGAUUUUGCGGUUGAUGCCAUAGCUACAUCCAACACUUAUGCUCGGAUGAAAGAAAACAUAGGACCACUGGUCAGUCAAAAAGUUAAUGUUUCUGAACGUCGAACAUUGCGAGCUAAAGAGAAUUCGUUGCUUGGAACUCCAUCAAGUUCUAAAGGUUGGCUUACAAAUGUGGAGGGACAAGCAUCAAAAGCAUUUUGUAAGCUUUGUAAAUGUUCAUUACAAGCACAGAAAAAAGAUUUAUCAAAUCACGCUAACUGCAAAAAACAUCAAGAGGCUUUUAAAUUUUCUCAGCUUGGAAACAGUAGCAAAAAAAUCAACACUUUUUUUAAUAAAAACAUAACUUUUGAAAGAAAAGUAUCGGAACUCAAAAUUGCAGCUUUUAUUGCAGAACAUUGUUCAAUUUUAGCAGCAGAUCAUCUUGGCGUGCUUAUUUCUGCUUUGGACAAAUCAUCUUCUGUACUAAGUGACUUGAAACUCCAUCGUACUAAGUGUGCUGGUCUAAUAAAAAAUGUAAUAUCACCAUGCAUCCUUGAGGAAUUAAUAAAAGAUAUUGGCGACAGCAAUUUUUCCGCAAUAAUAGAUGAGAGCACAUGUGUUGACACGAAAAAGACCCUGUGUAUUAUGAUACGUUACUUUAGUAAAACAACAUUCAAAGUUAAAACGGUGUUUUACAAGUUAUUAGAGAUUGAAGCCGGCGAUGCUGACACACUAGUGAAGGCUUUUAAAGACCAACUUUUCCAAGAUGGCUUAGAUAUAAAAAAAUUAAUCGGCAUUGGCAUAGAUGGUGCAAACGUGAUGGUCGGCGAGCAUCAUUCAUUUUCAUCAAUACUGAAAGAAAUUGUACCGCAUGUGGCUGUGGUUAAAUUUGUCUCACACUCGUUGCAUCUUGCUGCUGAAAAUGCUUGCAAAGUGCUUCCAACACAUUUAGAGUUUAUAGUAAAAGAAUGUCACAAUUGGUUUUCUUAUUCUACAAAAAGACAAAGUGAUUACAGACUUAUCUAUGAAAUAUUGAGUGGAAAAAAACCGCUAAAAAUUGACAAAUUGUCGGGUACACGGUGGCUAUCUCGCAUUGAGGCAAUCACAAAAAUACUAGAGCAGAGUGGGAUGCACUAG